AUGGCCCAAUUGAAGAACAAAGCUGGAGAUGAUAAGGUUUUGGAACAUGUGUAUGUAGCAUUGGCUGUGGAUCCAUGCCUGACUCUUACCUGCCGUGUCACACCGCGCGACUUGACGCUUAUUGAUGACAGUUCUGUCAAAUCUGGCACCAGGAUCUCCGUGGACAUCAUUGGCGCAAACAAAAGUCGCCCAGUCAAUGCUCUUCCUACCCUCGGGCUCGCAGAUUACGGUAUUUUUUCAGGGCCAUUCUUCAAUGCAGUAGUGCCCCAAAUUAUGCACGAAAAUCCUCUCGCUCCCCGGGAUAACUUAUUCACCGGAAAGCGACAAGGCUGCACAUCGCAGAUGUAUAUCAACGGAAAGGGCAAGGUUGUUCCCUGGCCAGACUCUUUGACUAUUCAGAGGAUGCCUCCGAAACGUGCAUUUAUCUACUCGACGCACGCCAUUAUUACCUUCAAUGUGAUUUACUCUAUCCAACGAAUAGUCACUGAAGAAUGA